UAUUGAGGUGCGCAUGCGCACAACGGUGCACACUUGCGCGCUGCAAAUCCGGCAGCAGCCGCGCGCGGGUUUGUUUAAUUGAGGAAAAGCUCAGCAGUCUUUUCAUGUUGUACAAUGUCGGCGUGCCCUGAACCCGAUUUACCCACAAAUCUUGCGUGCCUUAAACCCGUCGAUGCCUUACUCCGCUGUCCCAUCUGUUUUGACUAUACGAAUAUUGCUAUGAUGACCAAGUGUUCUCAUACCUUUUGUUCUCUGUGCAUAAGGAAGUCCCUCUCAUGCAAGCUGCAGUGUCCAGUGUGUAAUUCUGAAGCAACAGAGUCAGAUCUGAGAAACAAUCGGAUUCUGGAUGAUCUGGUCAAAAGUUUCAAAGCUGCAAGGCAUAAAUUGACGCAGACGAUUUUUGAAUCCCCGCCUAUUUCCCCGAAGACCCCCGUCUCUUCUGUAAGACGGAAUGCCAUGAAGCCAGGGCUCUCGAAAGUGGACGGCACCAUUCUGAGCCACUUUUUCCAAAAAAGAUCUCCCACCGGCUCGGAACAAUCAAGAACACCCAAAGUCCAAAAGGACAGUAGGCAGGGUCAGCAGAACACUGCAACUUUGGUUAUGAGUGUGAAGGAGGAGCAGGUGGAGGUGCCUGCUGGGGCACCUGUGUCAAGCUCCGCCUUUCCCUCAAGUUCUGCCUCCCCUAACCAAAAACCUGUCAUCAAAGUGGAGUGUCCGGUGUGUAACUUGGGCAUUCCUGAACAGUAUAUUAAUAAACACUUGGACAGCUGUCUGACCAGAGAUGAGAAGAAGGAGAGCUUGAGAAGUUCCGUCGUCAAGAGGAAGCCGUUGCCUAAGUUAGUGUACCACCUGCUCUCCAAUCAGGAGCUGAAGAAGAGGCUGCGAGAGCUGCACCUCUCUACCCAGGGCCCCCGGGUGCAGCUGGAACGGAGGCACCAGGAGUUUGUGCACAUAUACAACUCCCAGUGUGACUCCCUAAGCCCACUGUCAGUGGAAGACAUAGCAAAGGAAGUGGAGAGGGAUGAGAAGCUCAGGAAUCAACCAGAACUGAAACAUCCGCCUGCAUUGGUUUUUUCAAAAACACAAACUGAAGAAGAAAUAGAAGAAAUCCAUGCAAAUUACCGUAAACAGCACAGUGCUGAAUUCUCCCGCCUGAUUUCCCAGGUAAAAGGUCGCUGGAAAUCGUCCAAGAAAGCAAAGGUAAUUGAGGUGGUGCAGGACGGAGAGGAAGCCAGAGGAGAGCAUUCCCCAGAGUGUCUGAAUGACUCGGGGUCGUGCUCAUUGGUGACAGCAGAAGCUGCUGUGAUGUCAGAGGUCCCUCCCAGGUCCCCCAGUCCUGCUCUCAGCAGCAUCUCCAUCAGCAGCUCCAUUUCAGAUGUGUUCAGCCCAGAGCCAAAAAGAAAGCAUGAGAUGCUGGAGAGUACCCCCAGCAGGAAGCGUUUGGCAUCCAGCCCCCAGGACGCAGACCUGGCUCCUCUCUCCACUUCGGAUAAACGGGCACGUUGGCACUGAGGAGGCCGCAACAGAAACUCACGUUUUUCAGUUAACUUUGGUGGCACAGCUGGCAAAAGCGACUGAAAUGUUUCUUAAUCUGUAAUAUCAUUAAAGCUUUUUGUUUUAUGUA